CGCGGUGUGGGAAGGCCGGCGUGCGGGCCGCGAGGGGUGUGCGCGCGUGAGUCGGAGCGGGGCUCGCCCCUCGCCGGCGCCUGCCGCUCCACGGCUGCCGAUCGCUCUCCAGCGGUCCCCGGCCCCCUUCGGGCCCCUCGGUUCCCUACGGCCGUCAGUCCGGGCGGGGGAGGGAGAAAGUGAGACUCAGUGUCAUCACCAUCCAUUGUCAGAACAGGAGGAAAUUGGAAUCCAGCAGCGGCGAGCAGCAGCUGGGCGGUCACAUCUGGGAAUGCAAAGCCGACCUCCCCCUCCUCCUCCUCCUCCUCCUCCUCCACCUCCUCCUCCUCCUCUCUCACCCGGGAUCACUUCCGAAACCACUUCGCCUUCAGCCCCUGCCUCGGCCAGAGGGAUUUAUUUAAUGGGGAUGUGUUCAAGGCAAGAGAGAAUUCAGAAGGAUAUCGACGUCGUGAUCCAGAAGUCCAGAGCAGAGAAAGACUGCCUGUUUGCAGAUUUCAGAUAUUCAGACUCCACCUUUACUUUCACCUACGUUGGCGGCCCCAAAAGUGUAUCCUACUCAGUACACGUUUCAGAAGACUAUCCAGACAAUACAUAUGUGUCAAGUUCAGAAAAUGAUGAGGAUGUCCUAGUCACCACGGACCCGAUUCUCAUUUUCCAUAGAAUUGCAACAGAAUUAAGAAAAACAAAUGAUAUUAACUGCUGUUUGUCCAUAAGAUCUAAAUUACAAAAGGAAAAUGGGGAGGAGUCAAGGCAGAAUAGUACGGUGGAAGAAGACUCGGAGGGUGACAACGACUCUGAAGAGUUUUACUAUGGAGGACAGGUAAGCGGUGAAUUGACACGGGAACUGCACAAACACCCUCAGCUAGAAGCUGAUCUGUCUGCAGUGAGGGAGCUCUAUGGACCACAUGCAGUUUCUCUCAGGGAAUAUGGAGCUAUCGAUGAUGUAGAUAUUGAUCUGCACAUUGAUGUCAGCUUCCUGGAUGAGGAAAUUGCUGUGGCCUGGGAAGUGAUUCGAACAGAACCUAUUAUUGUCCGAUUACACUGUUCUCUUACACAGUACCUAAAUGGCCCAGUGCCCACGGUUGAUGUCUUUCAGAUUUCGACAAAAGAGCGGUUUGGAUUGGGACAUCAGCUGAAAAAAAUCAUGCAGACAUUUGUUUCUCAGCAGUGGAAACAGAGCAAAGAAAAGUCCAAUUGCCCGCACGGUAAGAAGCUGUCGGAGAAGAAGGUGAAGUCUCCUCUACAUUUGUUUUCUACCCUGCGCAGGUCGCCCAGCUAUCCUCCCCCUGGUUGCGGCAAAAGCAAAUCCAAACUGAAACCCGAACAAGACGGCAUCUCCAAAACACAUAAGCUGCUGCGGAGGACUUGCUCCAGUACCGUCAAAGCUGACGACAUGUGUGCCAAGUCGCACAGGACUUUUGGGCGCUCGCUGUCCAGCGAUCCCAGGGCCGAGCAGGCGAUGUCCACCAUUAAAUCGCACAAACUUUUGGGCCGGCCCUGUUCCGCAGCCAGCAAGCAGGAGGACUGCCUCACACUAAAGUCCCAUAAGUUAUUGACUCGAUCUUGUUCUGGAGACCCACGAUGUGAGCACAACACCAACUUGAAGCCCCACAAACUGCUAAGCAGGUCUUACUCCAGUAAUCUCAGAAUGGAAGAGUUAUAUGGGCUGAAAAACCACAAAUUGCUCAGCAAGUCUUACUCCAGUGCCCCCAAGUCAUCGAAAACAGAGCAUUUCAAGGAACCCAACGCAGAGGGCAGGAGGCUCUCGCUUACCUCAGGGCUUAUCGGUAUUUUAACACCAUCAUCGUCUUCUUCCCAGCCUCCUACAAAUGGUGCAAAAUGCAUUCCAAUCCGAGACCGCGGCUUCCUGGUGCAGACCAUUGAGUUUGCUGAGCAGCGGAUCCCUGUACUGAAUGAAUACUGUGUGGUGUGUGAUGAACCGCACGUGUUUCAAAAUGGCCCCAUGCUUAGGCCCACAGUAUGUGAGCGAGAGCUGUGUGUAUUUGCUUUUCAAACCCUGGGAGUGAUGAAUGAAGCUGCCGAUGAGAUAGCUACUGGAGCUCAGGUGGUAGACCUGCUCGUGUCCAUGUGUAGAUCUGCGCUGGAAUCUCCUAGAAAAGUUGUCAUUUUUGAGCCAUAUCCUUCUGUGGUAGAUCCUAAUGACCCUCAGAUGUUAGCCUUCAACCCCAGGAAGAAGAACUAUGAUCGAGUAAUGAAAGCUCUGGACAGCAUAACUUCCAUCAGAGAAAUGACACAGGCACCUUAUCUGGAAAUCAAGAAGCAGAUGGAUAAACAAGACCCCCUUGCUCAUCCACUUCUGCAAUGGGUCAUCUCCAGUAAUAGGUCACAUAUUGUGAAACUGCCAGUCAACAGGCAACUGAAGUUCAUGCACACUCCACACCAGUUCCUCCUCCUCAGCAGCCCACCAGCCAAAGAGUCCAACUUCAGAGCUGCCAAGAAGCUCUUUGGAAGCACCUUCGCCUUUCAUGGCUCUCACAUUGAAAACUGGCACUCUAUCCUGAGGAAUGGUCUGGUCGUUGCCUCUAACACACGUCUGCAGCUCCACGGUGCGAUGUACGGAAGUGGGAUCUAUCUUAGCCCAAUGUCGAGCAUAUCGUUUGGUUACUCAGGGAUGAACAAGAAGCAGAAGGUAUCAACCAAGGACGAGCCAGCUUCGAGUAGUAAAAGCAGCAAUGCGUCACAGUCUCAGAAAAAAGGACAGCAAUCCCAGUUCCUGCAAAGCCGUAAUUUGAAAUGCAUAGCCUUAUGUGAAGUGAUCACGUCACCUGACCUGCACAAACAUGGCGAGAUAUGGGUUGUCCCGAACACGGAUCAUGUCUGUACACGAUUCUUUUUUGUCUAUGAAGAUGGCCAGGUGGGCGAUGCCAAUAUCAACACACAAGAAGGAGGUAUUCACAAAGAGAUACUCCGAGUGAUUGGGAAUCAGACUGCAACUGGUUAAAGGACCACCACAUCACAGGAUUUGAAAGCCUUCCUCGGGUUCAAAGCUGGAUUUUGAACUGAAGAAGAUGACAAAAAUAAUUUAUUGUUAUUAUAAACAAAAUUAACCCUUUGAAUACUGAUUUUUCUUUUCUUAGUAUUUCUAAAUAUUUCAUUAAAUGCCUAAAAUGGUAUAAGAUUUACCAAUUGUAGGGUAAUGGAAUCCAGUAAAUAAAAAUUGAACAGCACUUAAACCGAAGUUCGGGUUGCAUACACAAUAAACAGAUUGAAAAAACAGUUCUGUGCUGAUAUUUUUAUAUGAAAUUCUCUAAUUGGACAUUUGGUAUUAUAUACUGCUACUUUAGGGUACUGAAAUAGAAUCCAGAUCGUUUUAUAAUGACUUCUAAAUCUACCAGACAGACUGCAUUAAGAACAAUGUCUGCACACUGCGGUGUGCUCAGUCAGGAUGAGUCAUACCAACAUCCGAAGGCCAUAGGAGGGAUAUUCCUACUCUCCUGUCUUAGAAAACAGCAGUUAGGUCCAGAGGCAGUGCCACAUGCCAGAAGGCGUGUAGCACACCCAUCUGUAGAUGUCAUGCUUCAGGAUGUGUGACUGAGCCACGUGCGUGAAUGUUCGUACACGUAUUUUAACAACAGAGGUGGAUAGCCUCUUCAUUCUGUCAUUUAGUGAACAGAAAAUCAUAAUCAAUAAGCAGUAAGUCUGGACAUAAACCAUGAUGUGAGCCAAAUUUACUAUAGUUCAUUCACAUACACAAAAAAUACUUAUACACCCAUUUUCCCCCCAAUAAUUUGAAGAAAUAUUCCACUGGUUGAUAUAACUAAUUUAAAAUGCUAUGUGAAUGUCAACUAGUGGAAAGGUAAUGUCCCUGAUGGCUUAAAUCUGUAUGUAAAUACCUAGUUGAUUUUUAAAAGGGACUACAGAAUUAACAGAGAGUGCACACUUCUUAUUUCUCCCAGUGGAGUUUAUUUGUACCAUAUCUGUAUUUUUAUAUUUUUCAUCUGCUACCUCUGAUUAUUUUUUUUCAUAUUGAGAAAGAAGGUGAACUUUGAAGCUGCUUUUACAUUAAAAGAACACAAGCUCACAGAGAAAACUCACCCCCACUUCAGCGCUUCUUCGUCAAGAGUCAACCCUCAUCCAAUCCUUUGUGUUUCUUUGAUUCUUCAAUUCAUAGGCAUUUCAAGUUUUGACUGACAUUGUUCUUUUGCUACAUGAACAAUGCCUUUGGAAUCAGGCCAUUCAUGAAAGCAUUUUAAUAAGUGAGUCUGCCACUCUGCUUAAUCCCUAAAUCAAGGCUCACAUCUGAUUUUAAUUUAUGUAAACAGAAAAACUACAAACGUGUCAUCAUUUGCAAGUGUGGUGUGAUAACUUGCCUGUUUAUUCCCUUGGCAUAGAAGGUGAGAGACAGGUCAUGCAUAUUGUUGGGGAUUGCAGUUUAGGAAGAUUUUACUGAUCAUUUGUUUUCCUGACACUGUAAAUAAUUGAAAUGCCACCAUUUCCGGAAAAA